CCGAUUAUCACCUUGUUCACUGUGCGAAUUGUACCAGGGCAAAACUAUGGCUUCUGUCUUGCCCAUUUUGGAAUCUCUGAUGAAUGGGCCUGCAAAAACCUCAAGGAAGACAGGAUAUGGUAAGCCACCAAGUGUUUUGGUGCUUUUACCUACUAAGGAAUUGGCCAAGCAGGUGUUUUCUGAUUUUGAAGUUUAUGGUGGAGCAAUGGGCUUAACAUCAUGUUGUUUGUAUGGUGGAGCACCUGGCCGUGUGAAAGACCACAUUGAGAGGGAAAAUAUUGACUUGAGCUCUUUAACCUUCCGUGUCCUUGAUGAGGCUGAUGAAAUGCUAAGGAUGGGUUUUGUUGAAGAUGUGGAGCUAAUUUUUGGUGUGUGUGUACUAAUUUUUUUCACUAUGAAGUUUCUGGUGGAAAUAUGCUUUACUUAUUCCCGUAUCAGGAAGGACUGCUCACUGAUGCAUGUCGUGAAGAGCAUUGACGCUGAAAAGCAGAGAGAGUGA